UAGGGUAGGGUGUGAGUUGCUGGGCUGGAUGUGGCAAAAUAGUCGGGCCUCCGAGUGAUUAGGAGCCGCGCCUUAAACACACUGAACAUCGACCGAAGGGCGACGGUAAGCCAGUGCUUUACGAGGAACAGGCGCCAUGAAGCUGAUGGUGGACUUCGAGGAGUGCCUGAAGGACUCGCCGCGCUUUCGGGCUGCAAUAGAAGAAGCUGAAGGAGAUUUUACUGAAUUGGAGUCAAAACUUGAAAAAGUUGUGAAACUAUGCAUUGGAAUGAUAGAUGCUGGAAAGAACUUCUGCAAUGCUAACAAACAGUUUGUAAAUGGAAUUCGUGAGCUUGCCCAGCAUUCCACCAAGGAUGAAGUAAUUGAAAACAGUCUGAUGAGGUUUUCGGAGAGCCUUCUGGACAUGGUUAAUUUUCACAUGAUUCUGUUUGACCAGGUCCAAAGAUCCAUCAAGUUGCAGCUUCAGACAUUUGUAAAGGAGGAUCUUAGAAAAUUUAAAGAAGCCAAGAAACAGUUUGACAAGGUCAGUGAAGAGAAGGAAAAUGCUUUAGUGAAAAAUGCUCAGGUUCAAAGAAAUAAGCAGCAUGAAGUAGAAGAGGCUACCAACAUUUUAACAGCAACACGUAAAUGCUUUCGACAUAUAGCAUUGGACUAUGUUCUGCAGAUCAACGUUCUUCAGUCAAAGAGAAGGUCUGAGAUCAUAAAAUCGAUGUUGUCUUUCAUGUAUGCCCAUCUUACAUUCUUUCAUCAAGGAUAUGACCUCUUUAUGGAACUGGAACCUUAUAUGAAGGACCUAGGAUCACAGCUGGAUAAAUUGGUUGUGGAUGCAGCUAAAGAGAAGAGAGCUAUGGAACAUAAGCACUCUACUAUCCAACAAAAGGAUUUCUCCAGUGAUGAUCCCAAGAUUGAAUUUAAUGCUGAUGCUGCCAAUGGCAUUGUCAUGGAAGGAUACCUAUACAAACGAGCCAGUAAUGCCUUCAAAACAUGGAACAGGAAAAAGACCCCCCACAUCAGGCGCUGGUUUUCAAUUCAAAACAACCAGCUUGUUUACCAAAAGAAGUUUAAGGAUAAUCUCACCGUUGUGGUUGACGAUUUACGACUUUGUACAGUCAAACCUUGUGAGGAUAUUGAAAGACGUUUCUGUUUUGAAGUAGUCUCACCUACAAAGAGCUGUAUGCUGCAAGCAGAUUCUGAAAAAAUUCGACAAGUCUGGAUCAAAGCUGUUCAAGCAAGUAUAGCUUCAGCGUACAAAGAAAAAGGAGAAGAAAGCUAUGCAGAUAAAUUAGAUAGAAAAUCCUCCCCCUCUACCAGCAGUCUGGACUCUGGAAGUGAAUUGAAAGAGCGGCCCGUGAAAGGAGAGAGUGCACUCCAGCGUGUGGAGUGCAUUGCUGGCAACACCAAUUGCUGUGACUGUGGCCAGGCAGACCCACGUUGGGCAAGCAUUAAUCUAGGAAUCACACUCUGCAUUGAAUGUUCAGGAAUUCACAGAAGUCUGGGAGUCCACUUUUCUAAAGUACGUUCCCUUACUCUGGAUUCGUGGGAACCUGAGCUCUUAAAACUCAUGUGUGCAUUAGGAAAUGAUGUUAUAAAUGGAAUAUAUGAGGCACAAGUGGAUGGAACACACUUUAAGAAACCAAACCCAGGAGACCCAAGGCUUGAGAAGGAAAAUUGGAUCAAAGCAAAGUAUGUUGAAAAGAGGUUUAUACAGAAAGCUCAUGGCUUUUCUUCAUUAAAACAUCAUCAAAAGAAUGUGUUACAACCAACCAGUCAACUUGAGGACAUACUUGAAAAGUCAUCCAAACUUCUUUCUGUACCAGGGACCUCUUCCAAAACUUCAGGGGUAAAAAGUUCAGACAGUGGUGUGCCAAAUAGCUCAGAUGAGAACAAAGAUGAUGUAAUGUCUUUGACUUCCAAUAACAACUUGUCUGACAAAGUUUUGGAACCAUCUACAUUAGAAGAAUAUAGGAAUUUGCCUGGCUUGCAGGAAGUAAAGAUGAUUCCUCCAGGAUUACAGUUGUACAAUGCUGCUCAUGUUCGAAGUCUUCCUGAUAUGGCAGAAGCAUUAGCUUGUGGCGCUGAUGUGAACUGGGUUAACCCUGAAGAUAAUGAGGCUACUCCUCUUAUUCAGGCUGUGCUGGGGGGUUCUUUGGUUGCCUGUGAAUUCCUGCUACAGAAUGGAGCAGAUGUAAAUCGCAAGGAUUGCCGAGGCAGAGGGCCGUUGCAUCAUGCCACCAUCUUGGGGCACACAGGACAAGUAUGUUUAUUUCUGAAACGAGGAGCUGAUCAAGAUGCAUUGGAUGAAGACCAGAAAGACCCACUCACCAUUGCUGUAGAAGCAGCAAAUGCGGAUAUAGUUACAUUACUGCGCCUGGCAAAGAUGAAUGAUGAGAUGCGAGAAUCUGAAGGCCUUGGACAGUCAGGUGAUGCAACUUACCAGGAUAUUUUCAGAGAUUUUUCCCAUAUGGCCUCUCAUAACCCUGAAAUAUUAAACCGUUUCCACCGAAGAUCACAGAAUGAUUAAGUUUUUACAGCAUUUCUUAAGAAACUACAUUUGUUCUUUUGGUGCAAUCAUCUUGAAGGAUAUUCAUCAUCUCAUUUUGUUAUGUAUACCAAAAAUGAAUUUUAACAUUUUAAAGAAAGCAAUUGUAAAUGAAGGAUCCCUUUCUUGUAUAUUUACACACAGCUUAUUUUCUUUGGAGUACAGUGUCUAUGCAAAUACCCAACCUUUAUUCUGUUGAUUUUGUCUUUUGAGGUGUUAGACCACUGGGAAAUGUGCAAAUAGAAUGGAAGCUCAAUUUGAAUUGAAAUUUUAUGUGAAGAAGUUAUAGGAAAACAUUACCAAAAGUGUGCUCACUAGUACAUUUCCAUCCAUGAAGUGGAACGGUUAGAAAAUCAUGAGCACAGAAAUAACAUUUUCAUCCCAUCGUCUUUUAAGAUCACUUUAAAUCAACCAUGGAUGGUGUGAUGGUUUACUGCAAUGCAGUUUUAUAUGCUUCUGAAAGGGUGCACUGAUAAUGAUUGAGUGGGAACAUAUUAGAACUGUGCCCUUUUUAAAUUUGUUCCCUCUUACAAAAUAGAAAAUGCUAUUUAUCCACAUUUCCAGCAAAUAUUUUAUCAUACUUUAAUACAUUGUAUAUUCUUUGUCAUCCAAGAAGCUUAGAUUUUUUUAAUAUCUUUUAAAAAAAAUAUUACCUCGGGGCCCACAUUUGGGUGCCAUAUAUAGUUAUUGAUGAACCCUGUACAUAUGGACAAUUUAAUUUUACACCUGAACAUAAAAUCCAGUGAAUGAAGAGAAAUUCAAGUGGGAAAUUAGAUUCUGGAGGAUUAGUUACAUUUUGAAUUUUAAAAAAUUGUGAUUUAACUAUUAUAUCAUCAAAACCACCACACUAGCUUAUUUCAAGAUUAGUAUCAUAUGACUGGAUAUCAUAUGUCAGUUGCCUGGGUUGCAAUACUGGUAAACAUAAGUAAAAGUUGCCUACUUUGUUGCCAGUGAUCAAAGUAUCUUCAGUACAAGGGAAUCCAAAUAAGUUCAUAUUUUUAGCUGAUUUGAUUUUUAAGAAACAACUCUUGAAUUAUGUAGUGGCAACAUUUAAAAUAUUUUAUUAUCAACAUUGCUUCAAAGAUCACCCCAGGUAUACUGUAUUCCAUGUCUUUGUGCAGUUAAAAAAAAUUAAUGCAAGUUGCAUUUUUUAAAAUUUAAAAAUCAUUAUUGCAACAUCAGAUUUUAAAUUUUGUAUGUUAAAUACCUUUUGCUGUUGUACCUAUGUAAAUAUAUACCAUGAAUAUUGGUGCCUAGGAAUGGAUAAUAGUUUCUUUUUGUUUAGUUGUUUUGAGUUAGUACACUUGUACAGACGACUUAAGUAAAUCAUUAAAAACUUAAUGAAAAUAUAUUGGAAACAUAUGAAGUACAUUAUAAGCUUCAAAGCAGUUUAACAGUUAUAUAGUUAUUUCAGAUUAAAAUGUAAUUUGCCCUUUUUAGAGGCCAAUAAGCAUUUGAAAUUAGUACUGUAUGUAUUUGGCACAUAAUCAGAUCCAAAGGAUAGGAAUACUUCCCCACAUAGCUUUGAAACUGAAAUAAAUGUAUUCAUUGUCAUAUGUAAUUUCAUGUUGUGUAUAUAAACAUUUCUUUAUGGAA